AUGGCCGCCCAACAACAACCCACCCUCUCAGCAGCCUACAGCUCGACCACCAACGCACCCUUCACCAUCUCCCUCCCACUCACCGCCGCCGCCGAUAGCACGACUGUCGAACUGAAAGCCAAAUACCUCUCCGAGCUGCGGCAGUCCGUGAUAUCUACCCAGGGGCAGAUCAACCGGGAGCUCACGGCGCGCAUGGAUGAGGACAAAAGGCGGGAGGCGGUCGCAGCGACAGCCAACGGGGCUAAGGUCGUCGACGACGAGAAGGAGGAAGAAAACUAUGGCGAGGAGGUGCAGGAAGGAGAGGAUUAA